CAUACAUGGAUUGGACGCAAAGUUCCCUGAUGUGUACAUCUCUGAUUUCAUACCGGAGAACUACAAGGAUGAAUACAUGGAGGUUGGUGGGAGGAAUAAACGAUCUGUUGUAUUCUCGGGGGUAGAACCAGAAGGGGUAGAAGUGCUGAAUCGACUGAAUAACAUCAUGAACAAUGCGAGCAUCAGUGCUGAGAGCAAACAGAGACUGGAAGCCACAGUGAACAGUAUCGGCAAGGGGGCAGUAGGAAGUUCUAGUAUCAGAACUUCAAGCCGUGGGGACAAUUUUGCCAAAAUGCUACCACUUGCACUUAUUGAUCAACCAAGAGCACAACCGCAGCAUCAACAAUUACAUGCGACUCAAUGUUGUUGUAAGGUUAAUGUUCCCCCUCAGUCGAGGCUAAAAGCUCACUGGGAAACAAGAUGGCGGCCAGCAUACAGAAAUGUCCAGGCAGGGUACAAAGGGUGCGGAUUGUGGGGCUGGGGUAGAUGCCCUCGAUGGAGCCAUAUUUCCUACAGCCAGAUUAUCUAUGGAAUCUCUUUGUUACCAAGGCCUUGUCCCAAGGACCAAGAAGUCUGCUGUAGAGGUUUUGUAUCCUACAAACGCUGCUGUACAAAUAUAGGUGAAAUGAAACGUCUGCUAGAUUUAUUUGAACAUCAACG